AGCAAGAGCGAGAUCGCCGGCAAUCGGCGGCUGUGAUUGCACACAAGAACAACACAACACGUAUUGCGCUCGCUGCCGGCUGUGGAAAGGCAGAGGCGCUCUCCGCGGCGGCUCCCUUUAGUCAGUCGAUUCGCACGGUGUGCAUUGCACGGUUAGUUGGUAAAUCGCGCUCACCUGUCGACGACAUGCUCUUCGGCCUGCUCGCGCCGCUGCUCCUCUUCGCCACCGCGGCCAUUGCACAACCGUCGAGUUGUCCUCCAAUGACAGCGGAGGAGGCGGCCAACAUGAGCACGUCGGAGCUGCUGCUCAAGCUGACCGCGUCCUGCCGCUACGACAAAUGGCAGCGGCCGCUGGCCGAGCAUAAGGACCAGCCCAUCAAAGUGCACGCCAAAGUGCAUGUUUACUUUCUCGGCGCCAUUGAGGCCCAGAGUCUGAAAUUCACAGCGCACAUUCUACUGAUGUUCCGGUGGCGGGAUCCGCGGCUCGCGAUUCCAAGCGGGAGCGGCUUGGACGGCCGCGUCGGCAGCUCCAUGGGUGGCCAGGGUCUACUGCUGAGGGACAAGAUCUGGGUGCCGCACGUGUACCUGAGCAACGAACGCGAGUCCGUGGUCAUGGGCGCCGAGCGAAAGGACGUCCGCAUCACGCUGCACCCGGACGGCAGAGUGGAGCAGGCCCUCAGAAUGAAGGUGACCCUCUACUGUCUGAUGAACCUGCAGAAGUUCCCAUUUGACCAACAGCAGUGUCCGCUGAUGCUGGAGAGUUGGACGUACAACUCGAGCGAGCUGCAGCUGCAGUGGGAGAACACGCGGCCGGUGACGGUCAACAGCGAGCUGCUGCUCACAGAGUAUCGCCUCAUCGACACGAGAACGACCAGCACCGAGGACACGGAGCCCCUGCUGACGGCCGCCGAGCCCACGCACCCUCGCCUCAGACCCAACGACUCUGCCAUAGUUAUGGAGUUGGAGGAUGAAGUGGAUCGGGCUCUGGAAGAAAACGAAGGCUUGCGCGCAAACUUCAGCAGGUUGGAGAUCCGCUUCCACCUAGCCAGGGAGGUCGGCCACUACGUAAUGGACUACUUCAUGCCGUCAAUCCUCCUAGUGGCCAUGUCCUGGGUUUCGUUCUGGCUUGACCCGAACGCCAUCCCAGGCCGAACCACCCUCGGAACCAGCACCAUGCUCACUUUCAUCACUCUUACCAGAAACACAGGCAGCGCCCUGCCUAAGGUGUCUUACAUCAAAGCGACGGAAGUGUGGUUCAUUGUGUGCACAGGGUUCAUUUUCGGCUCACUUUUGGAAUUCGCGUUUGUCAACACCAUUUGGCGCCGAAAGAAAGAAGUGCCUUUAAAAAAGGUUAACAGCAAGUACAUCCUGAAAUCAACAUUGACUCCACGAAUGGCGAGACGGCAACUUCAGUCAUCUCUCUCUGUAGGGUCUGAGCUAGAUAGGUGUACAUCUUGGCCUCACCAAUUGAAUCAAUCGAGCGCGAAUCAGCUGACGGUGCACUCGAUGGACUCGAUCCACAUUGGCAACGGCGGUGGAGGCGGCGGUUUCGACUCGUGCGACACGUUGACCUCGGCCGUGUCGGCACCAAACCGUCUGGACGACGACUGCCUCAGCAUCCAGAUCCCCGUGCCCGGCGACCAAGGCGGCAAACUAGAUGGCCAGACGUUGCCGCCCAAGCCCUCGUUCACCACGAUGACCCCGCAGGAGGUGGCUAAAUGGAUCGACCAGCGCAGCCGGCUCUGGUUCCCGAUCGCCUUCCUGCUCUUCAAUGCCCUUUACUGGGGCUUCGUCUGGAUCUGAUCCUUGAGCCCCAUGAAAGCGAGCUCGAGAUUUAAAAGCGCCAGUCCCUCGCAGCCGCGCGUCAGACGCGGCCGCUGCCCAGAAUGUAGUCCCUGAUUGGCUGUGCCAUAUUUUAUUCAACUAUUUUUAUUUUGCUAACUGGAGAGAUUUUCGUCCCAGCUCAACAGAAUCAAAACGUGUGUGAAACUGAAAAUGCUGACGUAGUUUUAGUGCUAUUCAAGAGCCAGUGUGAUUACAUUUAACUAUUAUUGUAUUACUAUAUGACAUAGCCAAUAGGCAACACGUAGAAAAUUAUUUUAAGAGACACCCCUCGUUUGCCAACAAUUUGUCAUUGCUAAGUUACUAUAAUGAGUCAUUCAUUCAAUAACAAGCGAGCUUUAUAUUUGAUUGCCUGAAGUGAUUGCUGUCGUGUAUCGUGUACUGUAAUUAUGUAUUUAAAAUCGUCUGUUUUACCAUACAUAAUAAAAUAAAAUUAAAAUGAGUUCAUCAUA